AUGGCGACAAAUUCGUUUUCCGCACACGAGGAGGAAAUGCAGCAAGCGAUUCUGCAAAUGGCUCAACUGCUCCAACGAUUGGCCACGCCGACGCCGAUCAGCCAGGAGAAAGUGCUAGAGUCCCUCUCCACGAACAUCAACGAGUUUGUGUACGACCCCGAAAACGGCAUCACCUUCGAAAAGUGGUUUGCACGUUAUUCGGACCUUUUCGACAACGACGCCCGGAAUCUCGACGACGCGGCCAAGGUACGUCUUCUCCUGCGGAAGCUGGAUCAUGCUUCACACAGCCGCUACGUGAACUACAUCCUGCCCAGGCUUCCGAAAGACAUCGAUUUCGACGAAACGAUUUCCACGCUGAAGAAAAUUUUCGGCACACCGACAUCCGUUUUUAACAAGCGCUUCCAGUGCCUGCAGCUGGUGAAAAACGAGGCCGACGACAUCAUCAGCUACGGUGGGAAGGUAAACCGUGCUUGCGAGGAGUUCGAGUUCGAGAAAGUGAACAUCGAUCACUUCAAGUGCUUGGUUAUCGUGUGUGGUCUCAAGGCACCACGCUACGCCGAUAUCCGAGCACGACUUCUUUCCCGCAUGGAGGGCGAGACGGCUGAUGCACCAGUGACUCUCCAGACGCUCAUCGACGAGUUCCAACGACUGGUCAAUCUCAAGGCGGACACGACGCUCAUCGAAAAACCAUCAGGUUCGAAGCAAGCCGUCCACGCGGUCUCGGAGAAAAAGGAGCACCAGUCUCAACGUCCACCGAAGCCGAAAGGUAAGCCACUUCCAUCCACACCAUGCUGGCAAUGCGGUCAGAUCCACUACGUCCGUGACUGCCCGUUUUCCGACCAUCGCUGCAAGACAUGUGAUCGCGUCGGUCACAAGGAAGGUUACUGCGGCUGCAUCAAGAAAUCGCCCGGCGGUGAUUCCAGCCCAGCUCAUCCGACCGCGAAGAAGCCUACAAAGAAGAAUCUCCGUGGUGAACCACAUCGCAAACCGUUCCAGGAAGCGAAGAUUCGUGACGACAACCAUCAACGACGUCACCACGUCGCUGCAACUGGACUCCGCAAGCGACAUCACGGUGAUCUGCGAGCAAACCUGCCAGGUAAACCGGAAACGACACCUGCGUCGAUCGAUGCAGUCAACGCGUCCGGUGAGCCACUGGGGCUCAUUGGCGAGUUCCAAUGCGAUGUCACGCUCAACGGAACAACGAAACGUGGCAAAUGCUUUGUCACGUCGUCCCCUAACCUCAACGUUUUCGGCAUCGACUGGAUCGAUAUGUUCGACUUGUGGUCGUUGCCAUUCGAUUCGAUCUGCAAUAGCAUCGCUUCGACGACCAAGCCAGCUUUCGACGAUGAAGUCCAGAAGCUCCGGAGUAACCUUCCGGACGUGUUCGACGACUCGCUGGGGCACUGCACCAAGACGAAGCGCCCAGUUCCAUUCAACACCACUCCAUUGGUGGACGCCGAGCUCAACCGUCUCGAGUCGAUGGGAAUCAUCUCUCCUGUCGAUUUUUCGGAGUGGGCCGCUCCGAUCGUCGCCGUCCGUAAGCCCAAUGGACGUGUUCGCAUCUGUGCGGACUAUUCGACUGGACUGAACGAUGCGUUGGAAGCGAACAACUAUCCUCUGCCGACGCCGGAGGAGAUUUUCGCCCAGUUGGCCGGAAGUCGCGUGUUCUGCAUCAUCGAUUUGUCGGACGCCUACCUACAAGUCGAGGUGGACGACGACUCGAAGAAGCUCCUAACCAUCAACACGCACAAGGGGCUGUUCCAAUUCAACCGCCUCGCUCCAGGGGUAAAAUCCGCGCCAGGGGCAUUCCAGCGGUUGGUCGACGGCAUGAUUGCCGACAUUCCAGGUGUGCGCUCCUUCAUCGACGACGCCAUAGUUUUUGGUGCUACCUGGGAGGAACACGCAGAGUCCCUCAACAAGCUGCUGACUCGGCUGGCGCAGUACGGGUUCCACGUCAAGGCGGAAAAGUGCAAAUUUUUCCAGACCGAACUCGGUUAUCUGGGUCACAUCGUGGAUCGUCAUGGCAUCCGCCCAGAUCCAGAGAAGCUGCAAGCCAUCGCCAACAUCCCAGCACCAACCAACGUGACCGAACUACGCUCGUUUCUCGGGGCCGUCAACUACUACGGUAGGUUUGUACGCAACAUCCACGAGCUACGUCACCCGCUGGACCAGCUGCUGAAGAAAGAUGUCAAGUGGCAGUGGAACGACCGAUGUUUGAAAAGUUUAAAGCGGUUCUACAGUCCGAGCUGCUACUGA